ACCUAAUCUCUCCCUCCUCCACCCACCCACCCCCCAGCCGGAAACCCUAGCCCGCCGUCGCUGCCGGCGAUGGCCGCAUGAGCGAUGCCCCUCCGAGGAAGCGCCCGCCAGCCAGCUCCGUAGCUCGAGCAGCCGCCGCCGUCGUCGUAGCCGCCCUCGCGUCCUCCUUCGUCGCCCUGUCCCCUCGCUGCGCUCCGGCCGACGCGGGAUCCAGGCCCGGCAUGUCGAAGGCGAGGGUCUACACCGACGUCAACGUGGUGCGCCCCAAGGAGUACUGGGACUAUGAGGCGCUCACCGUACAGUGGGGUGAGCAGGAUGACUAUGAAGUUGUCAGGAAAGUUGGAAGAGGUAAAUAUAGUGAAGUGUUUGAAGGCUUCAGUGUUAACAAUAGCGAGAAAUGUGUCAUUAAGAUACUCAAGCCCGUAAAGAAAAAGAAGAUUAAAAGGGAGAUAAAAAUACUUCAGAACCUCUGUGGAGGUCCAAAUAUCAUCAAGCUGCUCGAUAUUGUCAGGGAUCAACAUUCGAAAACUCCCAGCUUGAUCUUCGAAUAUGUCAACAACACAGAUUUUAAAGUGCUCUAUCCCACGUUGACAGAUUAUGAUAUUCGCUACUACUUAUACGAGCUACUAAAGGCAUUAGAUCACUGCCAUUCACAAGGCAUUAUGCAUCGAGAUGUCAAGCCGCAUAAUGUUAUGAUUGAUCAUGAUCUUCGAAAACUUCGUUUGAUAGACUGGGGCCUCGCGGAGUUUUACCAUCCAGGCAAGGAAUACAAUGUCCGUGUUGCUUCAAGGUAUUUCAAGGGACCUGAACUUCUAGUUGAUUUGCAAGAUUAUGAUUAUUCUCUGGACAUGUGGAGCCUUGGGUGCAUGUUUGCUGGGAUGAUCUUCCGCAAGGAGCCAUUCUUCUAUGGCCAUGAUAACCACGACCAACUCGUGAAAAUUGCAAAGGUACUUGGAACAGACAGCCUGAAUGCUUACUUAAAGAAGUACCACCUUGAGCUUGACCCUCAGCUUGAACAUCUUGUUGGAAGGCACAGUAGAAAACCCUGGUCAAAGUUCAUUAAUGCUGAUAACCAGCAUCUAGUAUCUCCUGAGGCCAUAGAUUUUCUCGAUAAGCUUCUUCGCUAUGAUCACCAAGAUAGGCUCACUGCCCGUGAAGCUAUGGCGCAUCCAUACUUCCUUCAAGUGAGAGCAGCGGAGAACAGCAGGGCACGGCCACAAUGACAUUCAGUGUGAACCCUGCAAAGUGGAGCAGUUGAUGAUUGUUACUGAUCAUCGCAUGAUGGAACUAUUACAAUGGCAACUUGGUCCAACUAUCCGUCCUAUGACUGAGAUGAUGGUCUGAGUCGCUGUGCGUGGACAACCCAGAAAGAGCUUGUAACCUUGUAUCUGUAAACUUCAGAGCAGACUGUGUAUACUCCAGUGACAGUGGUUGAUGAAUGUGGCGACAUGCAUAUCACCAUUUCUGUAACAGGGUAAGUGAAUUGUCUACAUUGGGCAGUCCUAAGAUCCAACAGUAUUGGAGUUGCAACAGUGAAAUGUAUGGGUUAUUUUUAUUGGGAUUAAUCUGUGUUCUUGAAAUACAAAUGUGUAACAUUAAAGACGAGUGUUUAUUUGGAAUUAUCAAACAUCAGUGGAAAAACCAGUAUGCGUUGAUA